GUCGCUGUUUAUUACAGGCUGGGUUUGAGCUUUAACUGGCAGAUCCAUCCUGCUCUGCCUGACAGAGCAGCAGCAAUACAGUGUGGAGAAGACAUCUCUGCCUGAGGUGGACUCGUCUCUGCAGCAUACGAUAACUUGGCUGCCAUUUGCAGUUUCCAUGGUUUCUUGCAUUUAAGUAUAAAUCCAAUGUGGAUGUAAAUACUCGUAAGAGUAAGAUGAGUGCAGACAGCAAGAGUAGCGUUUCAGAAAGUUUGGUCCUAGAUGACUCUGAGAAAGGAGUCGUCAUCACAGGAAUCACAGAUGACAUAAUCGCUGCAGAGAGCGGCCUGCAAGCAGGUGAUGAAAUUGUUGCAGCCACUAUACACCUUGAUCAUCUGAACAAAAAUGAACUGCUUAACAUCCUGAGGGUCCUGGAGCCAUAUGAUAACAACAUGAAGGUUCUGACAAAGAAGGAACUGACCACCAGUUCUGAACUCUACCCUACACAGUUGCUCAACCAAACCAGAGGCCUGUCACUGGAUGCAGCUGAGGCACUAGCUGUCUCCCUUAAUGGCCAAGGUGGAAAGCUAAAUGCUGCACAGGGGUUGGGAGGUGAAAUAAGUGGCCCCACUCUCAAUGGAGACCUUCCAAAUCUCAGUCUAAAUAAGCCCUCAGCCGAUGCUGGUGCCAGUUUCACAAUGCCCUCCCUUGGACCAACUGGGCCAGAUAUAAAAGGAGAUCUAGAUGGCACUCUUAAAGCACCUGAUGUAAGUGUCUCACCUCCCACAAUCAAUGCACCUAGCGCCUCGCUUGACAUUGAGAAACCAGAAAUGAAAACAGGCAACCUGAAAUAUAAGAGCCCAAAAUUCACAAUGCCACACUUCAAUCUGCCUCAGAUCAAAACACCAAAGGAAGAAAUAGAUGUUUCAGGUGAUGCCAAUAUUCCUUCUGUCAGUGGAAACCUAGGAACACCAGACCUUAAUCUGUCAGGCCCAGAUUUGGACCUAAAUGGGCCAAAAGUAGAUCUGAAUGGUCCUGAUGUAAAUUUAGAAACCCCAAAUGCUGAUAUUGAGGCACCGUCAGGCAAAAUCAAGUGGCCCAAUCUGAAAUGGAAAGGUCCUAAAGUUAAAGAACCAGGUGUCAACUUAAAUGCCGACCUGUCUGCACCUGAUGCCAGCCUCUCCACACCAAAGACUGAUGGUGAUGUAAGUGUCCCAGAUGUUGAUGUUAACUUACCCCAAGCUGACAUCAAAGAACCUGAUGUAGACAUUGAUGCCCCAUCUGGUAGAAUUAACUGGCCUCAUCUGAAGUGGAAGAAACCCAAACUUCAUGGCCCAAAAGCUGAUCUGGACCUAGAUGCAAACCUAAAUACACCAGAUGUUGAUCUCUCUGUACCAAAAGUGGAGGGUGGAAUAAAUGCCCCAGAUGUAGAUAUAAAUUUGCCAAAGGCAAGUGCUGAUCUAGACAUGCAAACCCCAGAUAUUGAUGUAGAGGCUCCAUCUGGUAAAAUUAACUGGCCUCACCUGAAAUGGAAGAAGCCCAAAGGCCCAAAAGCAGACUUAGACAUAGAUGCAGACUUAAACACACCUGAUAUAAAUCUCUCAACUCCAGAGAUUGAGGGUGACAUUGAUGUACCUAAUGCAGAGCUCAAUAUCCCAAAAGCUGAUCUUAAAGGCCCUAAUGUAGAUGUUCAGGGCCCAGAUCUCGACAUUGAUGGUCCAUCAGGGAAAAUCAACUGGCCUCAUUUGAAGUGGAAGAAACCCAAACUUCAUGGCCCCAAAGCUGACAUGGACCUUAAUGCAGAUCUAAGCUCACCAGAUGUUGAUCUUUCUGUUCCAAAAAUCGAUGGUGAGAUUAGUACACCAGAUGCUGAUCUGAAUUUACCCAAAGCUGAUGUUGAUGUUAAAAAUGCUGGCAAAAUCAAAUUCCCAACACUCAAAAAGCCUAAGCUCAGGCUUAAGUCCCCAGAUGUUGACCUUGAUGCUGAUGUGAAAGCACCUCAAGCAUCACUGGACCAACCUGAUGUUGAUCUCAAUAUGCCCAAAGCUGAUGUUGAUGUUAAAACACCAAAUGUAGACAUUGAGCCUCCAUCUGGGAAAAUCAAAUGGCCCACUCUUAAAAAGCCAAAAUGGUCACUCUCAGGUCCUAAUGUUAAUGGUCCAGAUGUUGAUCUAGAUGCUAAUGUUUCUGCCCCUGACUUGAGUGUCUCAGCUCCAAAGAUUGAUGGUGAGAUAAAUGCACCAGAUGCAAAUCUAAACUUACCAAAAGCUGAUCUGGAAGGCCCCAAGUUAGAUAUUAAUUCUCCAGAUGUUGAAGCUCCAUCUGGAAAAUUCAAAUGGUUGAACUUCAAAAAACCCAAAUUUGGCACAAUGAAGGGUCCAAAGGCUGACAUUGAUGCUGAUGUGAAGGUACCAGAUGUAGACCUCAAGGCACCUGAUGUGGAUUUGAGUGCACCAGAUGUUAAUCUUUCAGCACCAAAAAUUGAGGGUGGGAUUGAAGCACCAGACCUCAGUAUCAGCAUGCCUAAUGCUGAUGUAAAAGGUCCAGAUGUAAAUCUUAAUGGUCCAAAUCUUGACCUUGACCCACACGAUGGUAAGCUGAAUUUUCCAAAAUUUAAACUACCAAAAUUUAAAGGGCCAAAAGUCAAGGGUCCUGAAUUUGAUGCUGAUUUAAAAACACCCGACAUUGAUGCCAGUCCUAAUCUAGACCUGAAAGCACCAGAUCUGUCUUUGUCUGCACCAAAAAUUGAAGGUGGCUUUGAUGCACCAGAUCUUGAUGUAAAUUUACCAACGGCUGAUCUCAAAGGCCCUGAAGUAGACCUUCAAGCACCAGAGGUUGAUGCCUCAGCUGGAAAAUUCAAGCUACCCAAAAUAAAACUGCCAAAGUUUGGUUUAUCUGGACCAAGGGUAAAAGAACCUAAUCUCGAUGUUGAUGCUGACCUCAAAAGUUCAGAUCUUGAUCUCAGCACUUCAGAUUUAGAUCUUAAGACAGAUAUUGACGUUUUGCCCCCCAAAACUAACAUCAGUUUACCAGACUUCAGUCUUUCUACCCCAACGAUUAAGGGUCCAGAUGUGGACCUUAAUUUGCCCAAGGCUGAUGCAAGUCUGGAUUUACCAAAAGCAGACCUCCAGACACCUGAUCUCAACAUGAAAGCGCCACAUCUCAGCCUGUCUUCACCAAAAAUGGAUGGAAACCUCUCAGCACCAAGCGUAGAUGCUAAGUUGCCAAAAGCUGAACUGGAGGCACCAAAUGUGGAUAUCAAUCUGCCUAAAGCAGACCUCAAAGGACCUGAUGCACAAUUAAAAACACCAGAUGUAGAUUUUGAUCCCAUUCUGGGUGACUUUAAAUUGCCUCAUUUCAAGCUUCCAAAACUUGGUCUUUCAAGCCCUGAAGUAGAGGUUCCCAGCGUUCAUCCUUCAGUUGAGUCUGGAAUAGAGGCACCAAAGGUCAACAUAGGUACUACAGCAGAUGCCAACAUGUCUGUUCCUGCAGUAGACUUGAGCAUACCAAAUGUAAAGGGAGAUAUCAAAGGACCUGAACUAGAUGUGAAAGCACCAAAUGUUGAUGUCAAUCAUGAAAAGCCCAAACUGCCACAUUUCAAGCUUCCAAAGUUUAACUUUUCAGGGUCUAACAUAAAAACUCCAGAGGUUGAAGGAGAAAUCUCUACUCCUGAAGUGAAGACAAGCCUAAACACACCUGAACUGGAUAUCAAAGCUGAAGCAGAUGCUGAAAUCAAAGAUUCACCAAAAAGUAAGCUGAAAUGGCCGUUCAAAUGGGGAUUAAAGUCUGGUUCAGGUACUGAUGAAGAGGGAAGUGGUGUUGACUCUGAAACCGAUGUGUCUAAUGCUGAAGUGGAGGUUCCUGCAUUCAAAUUCCACGUAUUGCCAAAGAACAGCCUUGAUGGCAUCGGAGGAAUUGCUGAUUACUUAGGCUCAUCAAAACUUGACACACAGGAAAAGGAUUAUGUUGUCAGCAAAGGGAUCCGCUUGCCAAUAGUGAAUGCAACAUCAAAUACAGGAGAAAAGAUUGACAUUAUGGAGAGAUUAAAGAUAGCGAAAGAAAAAGCACCCUCAGCUAAUGUCUCACCAACUGAAGCAAAAACUGAUAUUGAUCUGAAGCUUGCCGCCCCGAGACUUGAUGUCAGUGCCUCUACAGAUGCAGGCGAUUCCUCUUUGGUGAGAGGGGGUACUUUCAAAGUAGAAAAGCCAGAGUCUGUACUCGGCCUGGUAACCCCAGAAAUCUCCACAUCAGAUGAAAAUGACAAAUUGUCAUUGAGCCUCUCCAAUAUGCUUGGCCUCAAUAUCAAGGAUUCAGAUGUUGACUGAUUGCUGCUAGUCCCACCUGAUGAAUUAAGCUUCAUUACUAAAACAUUGUAAAUACAUGUAACUUAACCAAUUCAAUGCCUUAUUUUGUGAUUAUACAGAGAGAAGUUAACUGUUUAACUUGCAGAAAACAGUGUAGUAUCCUUUAGUUCACGCUGCAGUAUCCUUCUUGUGUAAUAACUUUAGGUAGCCCUAAUGAACAAACUUGUUUUUAUAAUGUGUAUAUCCCUGUUAUUUAUAUGAGCUUUUUCUAAACAAUGAUUUGGAAGUAUGUUACUUAUUCAUGCCUGCCUCAGUAUUGCAUGUGAUCACAUUGAGCUGUUUAGGUUUUUGAACCGUGCAUUACUUUACCACAUUUUUAAAUGUAAAAAAGUGUGAGUGAAUGUAUGUUAAUUUUUUUGUUCAAUAAAUAACUCAAAUAUAAUCAAUAUACUUUACUAAGAUCCUUUACUAAUAUUAAAGAAUGAAAAUAAUAAAAUUGAUGACUUGGUUUGUAUCCAAAGUAAAGGCAUCUUUGAAAAUGG